UGGAAAUAUUGUUUUCAAAUUCGGUGGUGAUCACCAUAAGGUAGUUCAUCGUAAAUUCGGUUAAAAACAUCAAUAACCAUAACAUCAAGAACUACCCACUAGAUCGAUGAGCAGUUGAAAAGUACAAUAACCAACGUCAACAUGAUGCUACCAGUAGCCGUCAUGCUAUCGGAAUGGCAUGAAAAUCAGUUCUCUCCAGAAAACACAAAGUUACGUAGUGGAGACAGUAUGUUGAGUGUCUUAAAGCGCAAUGCCCAGAGAAAUAAUCAUCAUCCAACGCACAGAAAUCCCAGACAUAUACCCCCUAAUCGAGGUGGGUAUUCAACGAAACAAGAACAUUCUGUUAACCAAAACAAGGCGUUCACAUGGAAAACCUACAACUUGUUGAUGAGAUACAAUAUGCUUCGGGACUCCCCUGUGUACAAAAUCUUACAGAAAGAAAAUCCUCCAAUCGAGGGAACAAGUAUCAUCGAUGGAAAUCAAAGUUUCACCACUUCACCCCCAACAUCGAAGAAAAAACCGAAUGAUAGGAUACCUCCACCUUCGUCUAUACAGACGGAUGUGAAUCCAAAGUCGAGAAAACCCAAUUUUCCCAACCCUUCAUCGAUGGUCGAUUCUGUUCAAAACCGAGGACACAAAUUUGGUAGAGUUCACCAAAGUAUUCUUGCUCCAGUGCAUGAUGUGCCUAUACCGGAAGAAACCUUAAAAAAGCCCAAACCAUCGAUAGAGGUUCCGGAAUGCGACCUCUCGAUAGAGGAUAUAAUGAAUGAAUCGAAAAAUGGCCUCCCAGAAGUUGACGAAGUUGAAUCGCCUGGUUAUAAUUUUCUACCAGCCUAUCGUUCAACGCCGCUAUUGGAAGCUGUCAGAGAUGCGAAUGAAAAAUUGAGUUCUUUGACCAACGGUUAUACACUGUAUACAAUAAACCCGUUCAUCUUUCUCGAAACGAAUGACUACGAAGAAGAGAUGAUGAUACACAGAACUCUGCACGCAUCAAAAGUAGCAUUCCUGAUGCCGGACUCUGAAGGGAAAAAAUGCACAAGCGAAAAAAUCAAGCCUGAACAUCAAAUAACGAACGACCUAUUGAAGAAGGCCAUGUCUUCCAAACUUUCUGUUAAUGCUGAACCGUUUAAAUUCAAGCCCCCACCACCUUCGAAUGGCAAAAUUUUAGGGCGAAACCAGGGCAAAGAGGUGUUCAUGGACUUUGUGAGCAGGAUUGAUAAAAAAACGAUGAUAUCUCUGGCGCCAUCAGAAACCUCUAGCGUGCCGCUAUUCUGCCAUCUGGAACUGGACGAAUUCGGCGGAAUUCAAGUACAAGAUUACGAGCAGAAUCUGCUGAAUUUAGCGGCGGAGCGCACCAGGCAAGAAGAAGACUUCGGCGACGUGGAAGAUUUGCAGGGUGAAGAACUCACCCCCGAGGACAUAGAGAGGGCAGAGUCCUCGUGUCAUGGAGCGAUCGGGACCGAGUUGGACGAGGAAGGAAAUGAAGUUCCCGUCAGAAGGGACUCGUCGAGAGACAUUAAAAUAAUGUACGGAGGUAGAGAUAUCCUAGAUUUGGGCGCGAAUUUACGUUCCGAAUUUUGGGAACUGAAUAGAUGGCAGAGGGGGCCAGAGCCCAUGAGGCCUGCAGAACCAGCACCGAUACCAGCACCGACUAACAGUGAACCAAGUAAGUAA